AUGUUGAUGGUACCACGAUACUUUAGUUACCCCAGCAUCUGGCAUGGUGAUGUCGGGUAUGUCAGAGUUCCACUGCCUACAUACGACCGUCGAGGCAGUCGAAGAAAAGUGGAACCGACGGCUACGAGGGCUACAUGGCUUUCUGCGCUCUUCGCAGAUUUUGGCGAGGUGGAUCUGGCAUUAAGGGACUUCUCUGACGACGAAGACAAAAAGGACGUGGAGGAGUUGGAAACGACCAGCCUCGUGAGGAGUGAGCACGGAGACGAGCCAGAAUGGGUCACCGGUUUCAGACUCUUCACCUUGAUGACGGCAACCAGCAUAGUCAUGUUUCUAGCCCUCCUUGACAGCUCGAUUAUUGGAACGGCAACUCCAGUCAUCACAGCGCAAUUCCAUUCCUUGGCGGACAUGGGAUGCUGGCGCAGGUGUUUCUGGAUUGCAGAACGGCAGCUUAACGAUUGUUGCCUGCUCGACACCUCCUCAUCUGCGGGGCUGUUUGUCGCAGCUUUGAAUGGUGCUCUGGUGGGACUCAGUCAAUUUGGAACCGUCUUGGGUCCUCUCCUUGGAGGCGUCUUUACAACUCUCGUUUCUUGGCGAUGGUGCUUCUACAUCAAUCUUCCGUUGGGCGCACCGGUUGUGGCCAUCUUGUUGUUCAUGCGUCUGCCAGAUCCCGAAUCCACAGCCGACGGGGGUUUAAGGGGAUUGCUUACCUCCUUCAGAUUUCUAGCUCAAACAGUCGAUUAUCUAGGCCUACUCCUGAUCGCCGCGUUUGCCAUUCUGCUCCUGCUUCCACUCCAAUGGGGUGGUAACUCUUAUGCAUGGAAUAGUUCCGUCAUCAUUGGAAUGCUUUGCGGCGCCGUCGUUUCUCUGGCCAUUUUCAUCGUAUGGGAACGCUACAUGGGCGAACGCGCCAUGAUUCCGUUCAGUGUGAUCGGCCAGACAGUUGUCUGGUGCAGUUGCGUCUUUUUUGCAUCUUUGCUCGCUGCAAUCGUAUUUCGAACAUUCUAUUUGCCGAUCUUCUUCCAGUCAGUUCAGGGUGAUUCGGCUCUCAUGAGUGGUGUCAAGAUGCUGCCGAGCAUCGUUGCACAAAUAAGUGCGACGAUGGCCUCGGGCGUGCUAGUGGAUAGAGUGGGUUACUAUCUGCCCUUUGCUAUUGCAAGUCUCGUGUUCUCGGCGGUCGGUACCGGCCUUGUUUCCACAUUUGCAGUAGACACUACGACCGACAGGUGGGUUGGAUAUCAGAUUUUACUCGGUUUUGGCACUGGUUUGGGAAUACAAAUGCCGAUUCUCGCGAUUCAAAAUACUCUAGGAGCCACUGACAUAGCCGUUGGCAUGUCAACGCUCAUUUUCGCCCAGAACAUGAUUACUUCUGUUUUGAACUCGGUUGCAAGUACAGUUUUCAACAGUGGCUUGCGAACCCAGAUCCCUCGCUAUGCUCCCUCUAUCGACCCAGAGACAGUCAUAGAGGCCGGAGCCUCAAGGAUAAGAGACGUGGUUCCGGCAAGUGAGCUGAGGCACGUCUUGAUGGGAUAUGUCAGAGCGGUUGAUCAGGUAUAUUACAUUACCUUGGCAUCCUUCGGAUUGUCCUGCGCAGUUGUCUGGGGCUUGGGAUGGAGAGACAUCCGGGGCAAUCCACGAGGGAGCGCGAUGGUCGCAAUAUAA